AUGCCCAACCAGACCCCGCUCUCGUCGGCCAUGGGUUCGCAACCGCAGUCUGGCGGCCGGUCCCGCGGCUCAAUGGACGACCACAACGUUUUUGACGAUGCAAAGACGUACUACACCUCCGAUGACCGCCAUGUCAACUUGCGGGCCGGUCCGAGGACUCGAACCUACUCCCAGAAUGGCUUGAUGAAGCAAAUGGAACGCCUGGGCCUGAAGGAGCCUUUCCGACGAGGCAGCCACGACGAGUCCAACACCAACCGCCGGUUCCUGAUCCAAGUGGAACCGACCCUCGAGAGCUUGCAGUCGCAGGAGGACACCGAUGGCAACAUGCAAAUCACCAUCGAGGACAAUGGUCCCAAGGUCCUGACUCUCCGAACCGCUGCUUCCAACGGCCACAACCGCUUCGACAUCCGUGGAACCUACAUGCUCUCCAACCUGCUCCAGGAGCUCUCUCUCGCCAAGGAGUACGGCCGGAAGCAGGUUAUUCUGGAUGAGGCACGCCUCAAUGAGAAUCCCGUCAACCGCUUGUCGCGCCUGAUCCGCGACCACUUCUGGGACGCCCUGACGCGCCGCAUCGAUGCCUCCAGCAUCGAGAUCGCCGCCCGAGACCCCAAGGACUGGACCGAUGACCCGCGUCCUCGCAUCUACGUCCCCAGGGGCGCCCCCGAGCAGUAUGCUUACUACACCAAGCUGGCCGAGCAACGGCCCGAGAUCCGGCUUGAUGUGCAGCUUCUUCCCGAGAACAUCACUCCUGAGCUCCUGCGCGACCUAAACGACAAGCCCGGCCUUCUGGCUGUUGACAUGGAGGAAACGGUUGACCCGAAGACGGGCGAGACUGUCAUGUCGGGUCGCCCCUUUGUCGUGCCCGGUGGCCGCUUCAACGAGCUGUACGGGUGGGAUAGCUACAUGGAGUCUCUUGGCCUGCUGGUCAAUGACAAGGUUCACCUGGCCAAGUCCAUGGUGCUCAACUUCUGCUUCUGCAUCAAGCACUAUGGAAAGAUCCUCAACGCCACGCGUUCCUACUACCUCUGCCGAUCCCAGCCGCCCUUCCUCACUGACAUGGCCCUGCGCGUCUACGACAAGAUCAAGCACGAGCCCGACGCGAUCGAGUUCCUGCGCACCGCCAUCCUUGCCGCUAUCAAGGAGUACCACAGCGUCUGGGUCACCGAGCCCCGCCUGGACCCUAUCACGGGCCUGUCGCGGUACCGGCCCGAGGGUCUCGGAGUGCCGCCCGAGACGGAAGCCGACCAUUUUGUGCACAUCCUGGAGCCGUACGCCGAGAAGCACGGCCUAAAGUUUGAGGAAUUCGUCGAAGCCUACAACAAAGGCAGCAUCAAGGAGCCCGAGCUUGACGAGUACUUCAUGCACGAUCGUGCUGUGCGCGAGUCGGGCCACGAUACCACAUACCGCUUCGAGCGCGUGUGUGCCAACCUGGCCACGGUCGACCUGAACACGCUGCUUUUCAAGUACGAGACGGAUAUUGCUCGCACAAUCCGCACCGUCUUCGGGGACAAGCUCGUGAUUCCCGCCGAGUACUGCGUCGGAAACCUCCAACCGGGCCAGGUGGAGUCGUCGGCCAUCUGGGACCGGCGGUCGAAGAGGCGCAAGCUCGCCAUCGACAAGUACCUCUGGAACGAGAAGGAGGGCAUGUACUUUGACUACGAUACGGUUGCGCGCCAACAGUGCACGUACGAGAGUUGCACGACCUUCUGGGCCCUGUGGGCAGGCGUGGCCAGCCCGAAGCAGGCGGCGCUCAUGGUGACUAAGGCACUGCCCAAGUUUGAGGCCUACGGUGGCCUGCUGUCUGGCACGGAGGAGUCUCGCGGCCAGAUAGGACUGGAGCGGCCCAACCGGCAGUGGGACUACCCCUACGGUUGGGCUCCGCAGCAAAUGCUCGCGUGGACCGGACUGUACCGCUACAGCUUCACUGAGGAGGCCGAGCGCCUUGCCUACAAGUGGCUCUUCAUGAUCACCAAGGCUUUUAGUGACUUCAACGGCGUGGUGGUGGAGAAGGCGUUGCCAAGGAAGGGUUAG